GAAAUUUCUUUCUUUAGAUUUCUUGUCACUCUCAUCAAUAUUAUAGAGAAAAAAGAAAACUAUCUUCUUGUGUCCCUCAUUACGUGCUAAUGUUGAUUAUAGAAUGAGGUCCAUUUGAGCGAAUUAAACUUGAACGGUUGCCUCACAAAACAAGGAAAAAUGGUUGCUACCGGAAGAGAUGAAGCUCCGGCCACACUCAAGCCGGACUAUGAUAGAGCAAGUGAGUUGAAGGCUUUUGAUGAGACGAAGCUUGGUGUUAAAGGACUAGUCGAUGCUGGGAUUACCGAGAUCCCUCGUAUAUUCUAUCAACCACCGGAUGACUUCGACAAUACAUCAGUUUCUGGUGACACCCACUCUUGUAUUCCUGUCAUAGACCUUCACGGCAUCGACCAAGAUGUAAUAAAGCGCAAGGAGGUUGUCGAAAGACUUCGUGAUGCAUCAGAAACAUGGGGUUUCUUUCAGGUUGUCAAUCAUACGAUCCCUGUGAGUGUUCUGGAGGAGAUGAAGGAAGGGGUGCGUAGGUUUUUUGAGCAAGAUAAUGAUGUGAGGAAAGAGUUGUAUACGCGUGACCUCACCAGAAAGUUGGUGUACAACAGCAACUUUGAUCUGUAUAGUGCACCGGCGACCUGUUGGAGGGAUACAUUUCUUUGUAUAAUGGCUCCUGAUCCCCCUAACUCAGAAGACUUGCCAGCUGUAUGCAGAGAUAUAAUGGAAGAGUACUCGAAGCAAGUGAUGAACUUGGGAAUUUUAUUGCUGGAGUUGUUGUCGGAGGCGCUUGGGCUGAAAGCAGAGCACCUAAAUGACAUUGAUUGCGGUGAGGGUGUUGCGGUCCUGUGCCAUUACUAUCCCGCUUGUCCGCAGCCAGAGUUGACGAUGGGCGCGGGCACGCAUACUGACAAUGACUUCUUCACUGUGCUUCUACAAGACCAUAUUGGUGGCCUCCAAGUUUCUUACCAGGACAAGUGGAUCGACGUCCCCCCCGUAGCAGGGGCUCUGGUGGUUAACAUUGGAGAUCUUCUGCAGCUUAUAACAAAUGAUAGGUUUAAAAGUGGUGGACACAGAGUAUUGGCAAAUCGGGAGGGGCCAAGAGUAUCUGUGGCGAGCUUUUUUUGCACAGGUCUUCGGCAAACCUCAAAAGUUUACGGACCCAUUAAGGAGUUGUUGUCUGAGGAUAAUCCUCCAAGGUAUCGAGAAACCACGGUGAGAGACUAUUGUGCCUCCUUCGAUGAGACAGACCUUGAUGGGACUUCUGCGCUGCCGCGUUUCAGGAUUUGAGCUCCGGUAGUGUUAGCAUGAAUAAAUGGUUUGUGAUUUGAAUUCACAUAAGUUCGAUCUGGUUUGUGAACUAGGAUAAUGUGGCACUUUUCUGUAACGUAUUUACCAUAUGAUGAUGUAGCUAUAGAUCGAAUGGAUAUGGGCGAAUGGAUAUAAAUUAAGGUUUAAUUGA